CAAUUACAGAGGCGGACAAUUAAGGCAGCAGAGAGAGGCAUUUAUUUACACAAGUUUACAACAAACAGAAGUAAGGGCGGAAAUAAAUACAAAGGGUGUGGUGGGUGAAAUGGCCACAUUCCAGAGAUAGCAGGAGUUUCUGUAUAAAUUGCGCAAGAAAUGAUGAGUGACAAGAUACAGCACCCGUCAACUAUUGUUGCAUGUAUGAAGGAUAUUCGGGAUAUGCCUAGGUUAUUUGUUUUGGUAGGAUAUUCAUGAAGUAUUGACACAUUUGCACUGAUAGCAAGACGCUUACCACAUACAUACGACUUGACAACAUAAAAAUAGGAUAUUCUGUUAUUUUCCGGAGGAUUUUGUCAAUUACAAAGUUAGAUAUUGUAUUCGCAGUGAAGGAAAUAUAGGAUAUUCAGCAUUUACAAUUGAAAUUGACGAAAAAAGUUCUUUGAAUAUACUAAAUUCGAACAUUAAAAUCUGUUCGACUGACAUAUUAUUUGAUUUUUUUUUUCGAGGAAAAGGGCAAAAUGACGUCAGUACACCUUAUUUUAAUCACGCUCAAAUGUACUCAAACACUGUACUACAAUAGCAAUGCAUUUCAAUCAUCCCGAUAGCGCACAGUGGGAAAAAAAAAAGGCUUGACGUCGGUCUUUAUGUGUGUAUUUUUCACCAUCAAAGUAUCAGCUUUAGAAAAGAAAAAAUACUGCUAAACUGAAGUUUAAAAAAAAAAAAAAAAAACCUCCACUGGCUGUCACAACUCAAUACUUGAUUGAUUACGUAUUUACGCGUCACUGUUCUUCAGAAUAAAUGUAUAUUACUUCUAUGUAUUAAAAAGUGAUCAACCGACGAAAGAUUCCGCCACUUGCGAUUGUUGACAAUAUUUGGUGACGCGAUAAAGUUCGUUGAAAACAACAACAACAACAACCUUUACACGGCUGCCGUAAAGCAGUGCGAGUAUGUUUUGCGACGGUAUGAAAUUGUCGCAACACAUCGGAUGGCGUCACCUGAACCGAUAGUAAAGGUCCCUGUUGAAUUCCACGCAGCUACGCUAAAAUAGGCGCAAGAACGUCGUGUUUGGUCUUUCUAAUCAAGCGUUGGCCUUCAUUGUGAAGGUGGCCCUACGGCGCGGUUUGCACAUUUUUGACAGUUGAAGGCAGAAAACGGAAGACUUCGGAAUCAACAUUUGGACGAGAGCCUUUUCGUAAUUGCGCUCUCGGUAGACUGGAGCUGAGUGCCGCCGUCGGGGUCAACAUCACCCCGUGCAUCUCUCCCGGCGCCUCCACCAAAGAGAUGAUCGCUCACCGGCCCGUUGGAACACAAGGACCGGCUCACCUCAACGGCUGCGUGCCGCUGUCACACCAGGUCGCGGGUCACAAGUACGGCGUGGAUAAAGUGGGGAUUCUGCAGCACCCGGACGGAACGGUCCUGAAGCAACUCCAGCCUCCGCCGAGAGGACCGAGGGAGAUGCGGUUUUACAGCAUGGUAUACGCAGAGGACUGCUGUAACCCUUGCCUUCUUGAGCUCCAGACCCAUCUUCCGAAAUAUUACGGCACCUUGUCCUCUCCUGAUGCACCCAACGACGUGUACAUGAAGCUGGAAGACGUCACCCGACGCUUCGUCAAGCCGUGCAUCAUGGACGUGAAGCUGGGCCGGCGGAGCUACGAUCCGUUCGCCUCGCAGGAGAAAAGGGAGCAACAGAUCAGAAAGUACCCGCUGAUGGAGGAGAUGGGCUUCCUGCUCCUUGGCAUGAGGGUCUACAAGCUGUGCAGUGACACUGUUGACACCUUUGACCAGCACUACGGGAGGGGACUGUUGAAGGACACCAUUAAAGAUGGCUUGGCUAAAUUCUUUCACAACGGUGUUUGUCUGAGGAAGGACGCAGUCGUGGCCAGCAUUCGCAGAGUGCAGAAUAUCCUCCGCUGGUUCGAGUCUCAGCGUCAGCUGGUCUUCUACGCCAGCUCGCUUCUCUUCGUCUACGAGGGCCUCCCCUCUUCGUCCGCCUCGAGCGCCUUCCCCCUCACCGGUACCCCGACGAACAGCCCGGCCGCUGUAGGCAAAAGUUGGGAUGGGGAGGAUGACAGGAGAAAGGAGGAAGGAGAAAAGAAUGAAAAGAUGGCAGAGCACAACAACAACAACAACAUUCAGGGGGCGGUGCCCUACGAUUGCACCUUGGACUCGAUUUACAGCAAUCGCAGGAAAGGUGGCCUCCAUCUUUGCGUCAAGGCUCACCUUCAAGGCAGCAGCGGAGACGCCGGCACCGCGGGGACGACGACACCGCGCCGACCGGUUGCCGUAGAGAAAUCGCCGCAGCAAGACAACUCCACGUGGUUGUCCCGGCAACCGCCAAACGCAAAUGGAAACAAAUCCCGACUUGAAGGGAAGGGCGAGGAUGGAGAGGGCGAGGAGAGCGGCAGGAGAGACGAGGAUAUGGUGCGGGGAGGAGGCGAGGCAACGGGGUCGAGCGAAGGCGACGCGCAGGUGGAGGUCAAGAUGAUCGACUUUGCCCACGUUUUUCCCAGCGAGAGCCACGAUCACGGCUACAUCUAUGGCCUCAGGCACCUGCUGAGCGUAUUGAGCCAGAUACUCUCCGAUGCCGCUUAAACUCGGCCUCGCUUGACCUUCCGAACUCGCUGAAAGUCAACCGUUCUCUCCGCCGACCUGUCCGCUCUCCCUCCUGAAUCGCGGCGCCGCCGCCGCCGUCGUCGUCGUCAUCUCGCCCGAUUGUCGUACGUGUGCGCGCGUUAAGUGGAAGGCACGACAACGGCUAGCGAGCCCUUGGAGGCAUUCGGACCCUCCGCUUCAGUCAGCUGACUCCGCGGACUCUCACAUGACACGAGCUCCAAAAUGCGACCCUACAUUUGAAAUUCACUGGAUUUGACGAGUCUAUUUUUAUAUUCAGGCCGCCGAGGAAGGAAAAAAAACCAAACUAUUGGCUUUGUGUUGUAUAUCAGAACAUCUCAAAUCCUGAGUGAGCCAGAGAUUUUUAUGUAUUGUUUAUACUAUAAUAACUAUUUGAUACUAUUUAUAGAUGUUUUAGGUUUUCAAUUUGUGCUUGAUCGCGUGGAUGCUGAGAGACGAGCUUUCACUGCCAUAAUGCAUCAAAAUAUCCAUUUUUUUCUUUUUUUUUGGGUCAUUCUGAUUCAUUCUUUUUUUUUUUUUUUUUUUUGUUUUAGCAGCAGAAAUCAUUGCUUCCAAAACACUACUUUUGGACACGAAUAAAAAAAAAAAAAAAGGCCAAAUCAAUAACGCAAAAUGCUUGAUUGCCAUGUUUCCACCGAGAGGUUCAGUUCACAGCUCUGACAUUAGCGGUAAAAAACAAAACACAAUUAGGACCUAAUCCUUUUCAAAUGGGCAAAAAUCUGAAUUAUUAUUUUAACAUUAACACAUUAAAGUAUAAUCCAAAAAGAAGUCGGUACCAUCAAACAAACAUUCAAAAAACUGCCAAUUUUUUGCCAAUUUUUCUCUGUUUUCAAGUUGAACAACUACAAAGUUAUUUUUUUUAUCAGGAUAUCUUUUUUUUUUUAAAUGAAUCAGCCGAUGCAUCGGCUAUGGGAACUUUACUCUGCCAAAUAUCGGAGUCGGCCUUAAAAAAAAAAAAAAAAAAAAUCCACAUCAGACGAUGGGCGUUUAAAUUUUUCUGUAUGCUGCUUGGUGUUUACUUCGCAAUCCAGUCUUGCAUUCCUGUUGGACAUUUAGGGGACAAUUCUCCGGAGACCAAUCAAAUGUCCACAAGCGCAGCUCGACGCAACAAACGUACUACCGCAUGCUACUACGACAAUAUGGAAUAGAAAUGUACUUUAGGCUAAAUGCUGUGAGUAUGAACCCGAAUUUCUGCUUGAUUUUUUUCUUUUGGCAUGUUGACAUCUCUCAGCAUUCACAUUCAAUUUUGGAGGGAAUUUCUACUUUUAAACAAUUAAAUGAGUAAAAAGAUGUCUUCCCAAAUUCCAUUUCUGCAUAAUUGACUACACAGCAGUACGCGGGGCAGCCAAAAAGUCAAUGUUUUUUUUUUGUUUUUUUUUAAUUAUUAGUACAUUGAAUUCAAUUGGGCUCAUUACUUUUUGGCUGCCCCUCCUAUGAUCGUGCAUGAUGAUGAUGAUGAUGAUGAUAACCGUGAUUAUAUCGAGAUCCAUAAUGUCCACUUGGACCUUUCAACGUUGUCCCGUUAUUGCCAUCCAAUAACAUUGGAUGAGUUGCCGUAGCGAUACAGGCGUGGCCUGCUGGAACGUCAAAUUCGGAAAAUCAACUGUAAAUACAAGAAAGCAACUCGAUGCAUAUUUUGGCCCAAUUAUUUGAACGAGAUGUGCAUUAUUUCGGUUCAAAGUGCAUUUUGAACCGCUGUUCGACAAGCAAACCACCGACUGGAACUCGGGUUCCCCGAAUCCCGUGAAUGAUUGAAAAUGCUCAUGCAAAUGUUUCAAUCUUAAACUGACACACUUUACUGCCAUCCAAUCUGUUGACGUUGAAACAUUUAAGUUGUUUUUCGUUGAAUCCCGUGUCAACGGGGAUCGAACUCAGGUAAUUAACACCCAAGAAUACGUAGAGUGGUUACCAUGACGCCAGAUGGUCCUCUUGCUGACUCUUAAAAUGGUCGUGUAGAUGUUUUAAGCUCAUGUCGUGCUUUUUUUUUCCCCCCCCGUCACCUUAUGAAUUGCAAUAUGCAUUUCGGUCGGCCGUCAAACAACCCUUGUUCAAUUUGAGUCCUUGUUGCGGUUUGUGCACUCCCACUUUAUUGACGCAACGUUUAGCACAGGCCCCGCUGUAAGUUCGGUUGUCAGAAAGCGGUACAAAGGCCAGUUCUUAAUCUGGUGAGGUCGCAACUUGCACGUCAACUUUGAAGAUUGUACUCGAGGAAGAGGCGCCGCGUAGCCAGAGAGAGACGAAUGGAGAAAGAUGGGCUUUUGCUUUAGGUUUCUUGUUUUGGGCAUUGUGUGGAUGGUUACAAAGGAGUCUUUGAAACUGUCAUGGCAACCUAAGUGAACGACCUUUUUUUUUUUGGUCCUAUUUGCCUCGUAUUUAGAGUUGUAUACUAUUUAUAGAAAUGUCUCCGCAGACACUGCAAAUAUCCUACAUACUGUACGUCGGGCGAUGGUAAUCACGCGUAAUGCAAUGAGUGACAGAUGAAUGACGUGAACCCAAAGCGACCUUGAUCGAACCUAUCUUGAGAUUAAAGCAGUGAAAACGGCAACCAAUGAAGUGCAUUUUAAUUCCAUCCUAAAUGCAAAAAAGACUUUUUUUUUUUUUUUUUUUUUUUUUGUCUUAAUUGAUGUUUACACACGUUAACAAUCAUUUUUUCCCGUACCUGCUUUAUGUGAUGUCAAUGAUUUCAUUUUGUUUUUGUGUUUUGAAAAAUGUUUUGUUCAUUCCGGCAGCUUUAUCAAUCUCUUUUUGUUCAUUUGGCUCGCAAGCUAACAAAUGUCAUAUCAUACAUAUUUACACAGGGAAUCAUUCAUCAAUUAUUUGGUUUCAUGACAAUAGUGCAACUUGUAACUAGUGUGUAAAGUCUGAUAAUCAGACUGAGGUUCUUAAGUGGGCGCUUUUUCCAGUACUGUGAAUUGUUUGUCCAGCGUUACUUUAAAAAAACAACAACAACAACAACAACACACAGUUACACCCAAAUACGACUUUACAGAAUUCACGCUAAUAAGUUUGUGCUUUCAACAAAUUUCCUGUUAAUUCCCAACUUUGAAAAUGACUGGAAUUUGCAACCCUAAUACUGUGAUGUAUGAACUAGCUUUGUUGUCCUCAAUUCAUCAAUGCACGUCAGCCUCCAUCCUGAUGACGAAUCAUAUCGGUUGAAAGUUCCAUUCCAGAAAAGGAUAUGGAAUUUUGGGCACAGACUUGACCGCCUGAUACCAAAUACAAACCUGCUUAUCUGACUUAAUGGCCUGUAUUUUGUACUUAAAGAGUGCUAAAUGGCAGACUGACACGAGGAAAGUAAAUAAAUGAAAACAUGUUGACCGUACAGUAAAUUGGGCCCAAUUGUAUAUUGUUAACAUUUGACUUGUUUUCCCUCAUGGCCAGAAUUAAGCGUGAUUUAAUUGUGUUUGAAAAUAAGAAUUUUUGCAUACUGGAUUUUUCUUUCAUGUUAUUAACGGCCAUGUUGUCAGAUAUACAGUAUUAGUGCGGCGAUUCCUGAUUUCUGAUUUUUGCAUAUUUAUCAACCACAAAUGUUUCAGAUCAUUCAAACCAUUUGUAUAUGUCACAAAGGCAACCAAAGUAAAUCUAAAGUGCAUCAAUUAAGUGAAAGAAAUGGCCAAACGUAUCAGGCCCUCUUUGUGUGAAGGGAAUUGCCUGGACUAAAUAAGUAGUGCCGCAAAAACCCGCAAUGGAGCGUUUGCCGUAACUGGCGAUGAGUCGUUUUUAGCCAUUCAGAGGAGGACUCGCUAGUAUGUUUUGGGUUGUCCCCGCUGCCUAGCAGUUCUUUGUAUAUGUCAGGAUUUUCUGGUAGACAGCAGAAUUCCUUGCGUUAUUAGUCACAGCAUGUUGUGCAGGUCCAGAAGGCGCAAAGCAGCCCCAGACCGUCACACUUCCCGCACCUUAUUUGACCGUCGGCCUGAUGUUCUUUUGAUCAAAAGUUAUUAUUUUUAGGCCAGAUGUAUGGGCCACACACCUUUUUCAAUAGUUGUCUUAUCAGUCCACAGAAUAAUUCUCUAUACAGUGCUGUGUUAAAGUAUUGGCCUCCUUCUCAAAUUCUUAGAUUUUUGCAUUGCUUUCCCACUUCAAGAUCAUCAAACUAAUGUAAACAUCAGACAAAUAUAACCCGAGUGAAUUUAAAAUGCUGUUUUUAAACGUUGAGUCCAUUUAUUAAGGGAAAAUAAACAAUUCAAAGUGACUUGGCCCUCUGUGAAAACUAUUUCGCCCCCUUGUUAAAUCAUUCAUUAAUUGUGGCUCAUCACAACUUUUGGUUUAGUCAUUUUCACACCCAGGCAAAAUGAAAACAAUCGAAACAAAUUCAAGAAGAGUCGAGAAAUAAAGUCAUUGACAUCUAUCAGUCUGGAAAGGGUUACAAAGACAUUUCCAAAGCUUUGCGAUUCCAGCGAACCAUAGGGAGAGCCAUUAACCUCAAAUGGAGAAAUUCUAGAACAGUGGUGAACCUUCCCAGGAAUAGCCGGCCUACAAAGAUCACCCCAUGAGAACAGCAAUGACUCAUCCAGGAGGCCACAAAGGAACUCAGGACAACUUCUAAAGAACUGCAGGACUCCCUUGCCUCAUUUCAGGUCAGUGUUCAUGACAAAAAUAAGGAAGGGACUAGGGAAAAAUGGCAUCCAUGGCAGAUUUCCAAGACCAAAACCACUGCUGACCAAAAAGAACAAAGGCUUGUCUUACUUUUGCAAAAAUACAUCCAAAUGAUUCCCAAGACUUUUGGGAGAGUAUUUCUUUGACUAACGAGAUGAAAGUUGAGCUUUUUGGAAGGUGUGUCAUUACAUCUGGCGUAAAUGUAGCACAGCAUUUCAGAAAACAUCAUACCAAAAGUCAAACAUGGUGGUGGAAGUGUGAUGGUCUUGGGCUGCUUUGCUCCUUCAGGACCUGGGCGACUUUGUGUGAUUGAUGGAACCGAGGCUCUUCAGCAGAAAACAAUGAAGGAUAAUGUUGGGCCGUCAGUUUGUGACCUCAAGCCGAAGCGCACUUGGGUUCUGGGUUCUGGAGCAGGAUAAGGAGCCAAAGCACACCAGCAAGUCGACUUCUGAAUGGCUUAAAAAACUAAAUGAAGGUUUUGGAGUGGCCUAGUCAAAGUCCAGACUUGAAUCCCAUUGAAAUGCAGUGGAUGGCCCAACCAGUUCUUAGGUUUAGGCAGCCAUUACUUUUUGACAUGAGGCCAGGUAACUUUGAAGUUUUUUUUUUUUCCCCCCUUAAUAAAUGAAAUCACCAUUCUCUUGGGUUAUAUUUAUCUGAUAUUUACAUUUGUUUAAAGAUCUUAAAUGUUCAAGUAGGGAAACUGCAAACAAAAAUGACAGAAUUUGAGAAGGGUGCCAAUCCUUUUUCAUGGCACUGCAAGUUUUAAGUUUGUUGUGAUUCAAGUGUCUUCAACUUCGGGUCUCGCUGUGCAGUCCGGCCGGGGUUGCCGAUUGCCAAAUCCCACCCGAAUUACAUAAAAGCCGAACUGCUGUGACCACCCGCGCGCGACCCUCACGGCGCUCAAAGCUCAGUGGUCUGCAGACGCUGAUGUUCCGACCGAGAAUUGAACAUGCUCUUGUGUGCAAAAUACAUUUUCAGUUGAAUAUAUUGGAUUUUAUGCAUUGUAAAAUUGAGCAGCGGCGAGGAAGUGAAACGUUCCUUCGCAGCUGGAAAAGUAAUUAUUUUUGGGCAAUAAAAUUACAUUGAAAUAG